GCUGUUGGAAUCUAAUGAUUAUAAUCUUAUAUAUUGUUUUUCUUAUGGUCCAUGAUUCCUGCAGUAGUUGAUUGAAAUCUUUAAACAUAUCUUGUGUGUGAAUAAAUGACUAAUAGCAGAACAAUUUACUGGCUUACAGGAACAAUAGAGAUGGCGAUGUCACCAUAAAGAUACUGUACUGUGGGAUCUGCCACUCAGACCUUCAUUGCAUUAAGAAUGAAUGGACAAAUGCCAUCUAUCCAAUUGUCCCAGGGAAGCUUCUACCCAUGGUGCUGCACCCGCUUCGGAAUCUUAGGAAAUUUGCUUCUGUACCUGCUUCCUAAGCACUUCCAAUUCUUAUUUUUGUUUGAGAGACCUGCUUUUGCGCACCCGCAUCUGCAGCUAAAUCUGCUCCUGCAACCAACCCACUUGCUGGUAACUAUGCUGGCUGUGAACUGCUUUAUUCUAUUCAAUAUGAUAUGAUCAGAGUCGACCUUAUUUAGGAUGAGAGACAGGUGACUUGUCAGCAUUGGAGCCUUGCCAUAACCACUGCAUAUCGAAGGACGCCAAACAACUUUUGAAUGCUUGCAGCAGAAAACAGGACUUGGAGCACCGAACAGUAGUACCAGUAUACAUGAGAUUGUUGGUGUCGUUACCGAAGUGGGGAGCAAUGUACAGAAGUUCAAGGUUGGAGACAAGGUGGGGGUGGGCUGCUUGGUUAAUUCUUGCCGUUCUUGUGACAGCUGCAAACACGGUUUCGAGAACUACUGUGCCAGAUUCAUACUUACAUACAAUGCCAUCGAUACCGAUGGAACGAUGACCUAUGGAGGGUACUCUGAUACGCUAGUCGUCGACGAGCAUUUCGUUGUGCGGAUCCCUGACACCAUGCCCCUAGACAAGUGUGCCCCACUGCUUUGUGCUGGCAUCACUGUAUACAGCCCAUUGAAGUAUUUUGGACUCAAUGAAGCAGGGAAGCAUGUUGGGGUGGUCGGCCUUGGAGGGCUCGGCCAUGUAGCUGUGAAGUUUGCCAAAGCCUUUGGAGCGAAGGUCACAGUGGUUAGUUCAUCCCCUAAGAAGGAGAAGGAAGCAAUUGAAAAUUUGGGAGCUGAUGCCUUCAUUGUUAGCAGUAACCCCAAGCAAAUGCAG